UCAGGGGAUUUUACUAUCUAUUGAUUGCUUAGCGCACACAGAGACCCAGAGAGAGAAGAAGAAGAAGAAGGGGAAGGAAACGACGACUAUACACUGCCUCCGUUACCUCCGUAGCCAUUUCUGCCGCUAACUCAUCUACUCCGUGCUCUGCUUCCAUAAGUAUGGAUUCAGGAUCUGCUGAUUCACCAGCUCCACCGCCUAUAAAAAGUCACGAUGCAGAAGCUUCUGCUGUCACAGAUUUUGGGCAAAAUAAUUCUGCGAAAGAUGCACCAUCUAAGCUAUCAGCUUCUGGCAUAUCCUCAUGGGCCAAAAAUUUAAAAAUUUCCCCCUCAUUUGCGGGCACGCAAGAUGAGUCACCAUCUGGAAAUGCAGGAAAAUCAACCUUUGCUCGUUUUACUAGUGGGAUUGGAUUGCGCUUGUCUCCAAACUCUCCUCGGCCAGAUGAAAGUGCUGAUGGACCUUCAACACCAACACAACCUGGAUUUCUUGGAACACUAACAAAAGGAUUAGUCGACUCAUCUAAGAGUGCAGUGAAGGCUGUGCAGGUCAAGGCCCGACAUGUUGUAUCCCAGAACAAAAGAAGAUACCAGGAAGGAGGAUUUGAUUUAGAUAUGACAUACAUCACAGAGAAUAUAAUUGCUAUGGGGUUUCCUGCUGGUGAUAUGAGUUCUGGGUUUUUUGGAUAUGUAGAGGGGUUCUACCGAAACCACAUGGAAGAAGUUAUUAAGUUUUUUGAAACCCAUCACAAGGACAAAUACAAGGUAUACAACCUUUGUUCUGAGAGGCUGUAUGAUGCAUCACUAUUUGAAGGAAAGGUUGCUAGUUUCCCAUUUGAUGACCAUAAUUGCCCUCCUACUCAACUUAUAAUUUCAUUUUGUCAAAGUGCGUACUCAUGGUUGAAGGAGGAUAUUGAGAAUGUUGUGGUUGUGCAUUGUAAGGCUGGAAUGGCUAGGACAGGGCUAAUGAUAUCUAGUCUUCUUUUAUAUUUGAAGUUCUUUCCCACAGCUGAGGAGUCCAUUGAGUACUACAACCAGAAAAGAUGUUUCGACGGAAAAGGGCUAGUUCUGCCAAGUCAGAUUAGAUAUGUCAAAUAUUUUGAACGUAUCUUAACAUACUUUAAUGGAGAAAACCCACCUGGACGCAGGUGCAUGCUGAGGGGAUUUCGGCUUCACAGAUGCCCUUAUUGGAUUAGACCAUCCAUUACUGUCUCUGAUCAUAAUGGAGUUCAAUUCUCUACAAAAAAACAUCCAAGAACCAAAGAUCUGUCGUCUGAAGAUUUUUGGUUUAGUGCACCAAAGAAAGGUAUAAUGGUCUUUGCUCUGCCAGGGGAGCCUGGUCUGACAGAGUUGACUGGGGAUUUCAAAAUUCAUUUUCAUGACCGCCAAGGGGAUUUUUACUGUUGGUUAAACACAACAAUGAUCGAGAACAGAAAAAUUUUGAAUACAAAUGACCUUGAUGGGUUUGACAAGAGGAAACUGCCGUCCCCAGGAUUUCGUGUUGAGGUUGUGCUUGUGGACUAUGAUAGCGAUGUUCCAACAAAGCCUACAACUGAAACUGCUGCAGAUAGAUCAGCUGAAAGUUCAGCUGCCACUCCUGCUUCGGUUGAUGGCGGUGCAGUUGCUGCAAACUCAAAUAACGAAUCAGCAAGCAAUGAAAAAGAUGACGUGUUCUCAGACAGUGAAGCAGACGAAAUGGGGCCUCCAAAAGGCAGGCAAGCUAAAGCAGCUUCUGUAGCUGGGGGAUCUGUCAAAGCAACUGCCUCCGCUGCUGAAACCAAAUCUAAUCCAGACCAGAUUGCAAGUCUGACACGCAAGACCGAACAGAUCAGUUUGGGAACCACUGGCCCUACGCAAAUGCAUUCUACUAGUGAGCCGAAAAGGGAUGGCAUUGGGGAGGUCCCUAAUCCGGUUGGAGAGGUCAGUGAUUUCAAGGCAAUGGCCGCCGAUGCAUCUGUUUUUUCAUUUGGAGAUGACGAAGACUAUGAAAGUGAGUGAACAAAGGGAUAUAUUUAUUGAUGGCUUUGAUAUUGAACAUGUCUGUACAUACAUGGCUUGUGAGAAGUUAGAUUUUCCAUUUCCAGGCAACAAUUUGUUCCAUUAAUUUUAUUUUACACGUUCAAGUCCCGUUUCGGCUUAUUGGUUCCGUAAAUCAAAAGUCAGCUUGAGGUGAGAACUAUCGUUUCAUAAAAUUAUUGUGUAUCAAUACAACUAAAUCUGUUUAUGUUUUA